AUGAAUUUCCUCCGCAAGUUCAUUGGCGCCACUGCCACGGACGAAGUUGCGCUGAUUCCCUCGGGAAAGCUCUUUCUCACGAGAGCACCGCUGCUGCCCAAGGGUGCGAUGGAAUGUUUAUUUAUCGAUGCGUUUGCACUGAUUAGACAGACGACGCGUCCGUUCUACUACCAGCUAUGUAUCACACGGGUUUAUCAAGAAGGAGAACUCGAUGCCCAUGGGCUGAGUGGGUUUGACGAUUCAGAUGACGACGACGAUGAAGACAGAGAGAAUGCCCAUUCCAUCACCGAUUCCACAUCGGGAUCUAAGGACGAGUGGUCCUUCGCCAUUGUAGAGGAUUUGCAGAUCCAUUGGUAUAAUAAAGCAGAUGGAACACGUGCCAUAGCAUGGAAAGACUUGAACGGAGACUUUGGUGAUAAGUUCGAGUUCAAUGUCGAUGAAGACGUCAAACUCAGCGAUGUGGAUGCAUUUAUGUUGGCACUUUACAAGUGUUUGUACGAAGUAAAGUACCACAAGAGUUCUCUUGGAAUUCGCCAUUCCAGCGAACUAGACGAAUUUAUAUUUACGCCUAAACCAGAUCUUCUUUCUAUGGAGAAUCUUAAAGGUACACGAAUACUACAGUACGAUUCUGAAGAAGAAGAUGACGACGAAGACGAAGAAGAUCCUGAAGGUGUUGACCUGGACUCAUCGAGCGAUUUGCUUAAAGGUUCAUCAUCGGUGGUGACGACUGUGGUUGAUACGGAGACGUUGUUGAGUCUCAAGACUCUAGAGCCAAAGGGACACAUAAUAUACCGAAGUUCUGCUUUCACAUUGCAUCUAUACGACUCUCAAGCAGGUUCAUUUAAACGAAAAGCAGAAGUAGGUGAAGUAAGUCUCAAGAUUAUCGACUUGGACAACGACUGGCGAUAUUCUCUUUAUAUCACCAGUAAAGCAACUGAUACGCCUAUCAGCUUCAGCGCAGCCAUCACCAAGAAAAUGAAACCUACUUUCAACUACGAACAUCUAUCGUUCAUCUUCAACUAUCUCACAUUUGACCAGAAAGAAGAUUCGGCGUUUUCCUGGUUGCUCAAGUUCACCUCUAUCAAAGACUUGCUGGUAUUCCAGAAUGCCUUUAUGGUAGCACUCUGGGAGUCUUCGAACAAGAAAAAAUACGCACGCUCCAUCGAAACUGACCAGGUGGUGGAUGCCUUUGCCAAACUCAAUGUAGACGACAACAAGUGUGAUAACAAGCCUAAGACAGAAACCAGUGAUCUUGAGUAUACCACUGCUCGUGAAGAGUAUGAUGGACCCAUCGGUGGCACAACAGCUCCCAGAAGCUCUCGAAGAUGA